CUCUCUCUCUCUCUCUCUCCCCUUGUGUUUGGCCAGCUGGUGAGAGCACAAACCUUUCUGCAUAACAGGUCACCUACAGGAGACAAAUCAUAAUUUGGGAACCAGGAGAGCAUUCAUCUCUCCAAACCCCGCCAAUUCGCCCACGAACUCCUGUAAUGUCGUGGAUCGAAGAUAAAUAACGGCCAGCUUGUUCUCUCUCUGUUGUAGUGUUGAGCGGAUCAAGCUCCCGCGACACACACGCACACACACACAGCUCGGGCGUUCCGGCGACUCCUCAGCGGCCAACGGAAGGGUGGCAGGAGAGAGGAGAGGGAGAAAGGAGGAGGAGAAGGGGAGAGAGGAGGGGAGGAAACCCAACUGUUUUGAAGCUAUACGCCAGUAAAUAUAGACUAUAAGCAUAUACAGUGAACGAAGAGGAAACCGUCGCAGUGCUAUUUUAUUUCAGUGUGGAUGAAACUAGGAUGAGAGAGACGCCAAAGGAGAGAGACGCCAUCGGUGACAAGUUAAAGGACUCCGCUAUUGGGAUGGCUGAGGUUUCGCAGCAGGAGAGAAUUCAGGCCAUCGCUGAGAAGAGGAAGAGGCAGACAGAGAUCGAGAACAAGAGGAGACAGCUGGAAGAUGACAGAAGACAGCUUCAACACCUAAAGUCAAAGGCUCUGAGAGAGCGCUGGUUGUUGGAUGGGGCUCCAGAGGAAGAUGAGACUCAAAGACGACUUCAGGAGGACGAAGAGAGGACUAAGGCACUAGAGAAGAGCAUCCUCUGCCUGGAGCAGGAGAUAGAGGAGCUGGAGAAUCCGGUCAUGACCAAAGAGAACGGAGGAGCUGUAAAUGGAGUAUCACAGAACCAGAGUCCUAGAAGAGAACUAACAGGAGUAGAAGCCAAGUUGUUCGGUCCCAGUCCAGACCAGGCCAGCGCUGAGAACCCUGUUACCCUGGUCUUCAUGGGCUAUACAGCUCUGGAGGGUGAGAUAGCGGGGGAGGUGGGGGAAGCAGUGGGGACAGAGGGUGGAGACGGCUCAGUCAAGGCGGAGCUUGUGAUGCUACCAGACGGGGAGGGGAAGGGGGUAGGAGAGGGGGAGACGGAGACCCAGGCAGCAGCCAAUGGGAGUACGGGUGAGAAGGGGGAGGCAGGGGGGGCAAAUGGGGGAGGAGGGGAGGAGGGGGAGAAGGAGAAGAAACAGAGUUGCAAGUGUUGCACAGUCAUGUGAGUGUGUGUGUGUGUGUGUGUGUGUGUGUGUGUGUGUGUGUGUGUGUGUGUGUGUGUGUGUGUGUGUGUGUGUGUGUGUGUGUGUGUGUGUGUGUGUGUGUGUGUGUCAAAGAAAAAUAGAUGUGUGUGAGAGUUUGUGUGUGUGUGUGUGUGAGUGUGUCAGAGCAAGAGAGACUUGAGUGCGUACGUGUGUAUGCGUGUCUGAUCACACACUUAUCAGCACUACAAAACCAAACAGUCCGACUCCUCCUGCCAAGCAGCAAAAACUACAGCCAACACCAACCAUAUAAGGCCAACAGACACUGGAGAAUCAGUACUACUGUGUAUUACUAUAGUAGUACUACAACAACAACCUACAGCCAGGACAAUAUACACUAGACUAUGUACUACUCUAGUACUACAAUAACAACCUACAGCCAGGACAAUAUACACUAGACUAUGUACUACUCUAGUACUACAAUAACAACCUACAGCCAGGACAAUAUACACUAGACUAUGUACUACUCUAGUACUACAAUAACAAUGGGGAAAUCUGAAAUGGAACCCUAUUCCCUAUAGUACUUUAGGCCAAAACACUCCCACAGUGCACUGGUAUAGGGAAAAGGCUGCUAUUUCAGAUGCAGCUAGUACCUCCAGACUGAUCAAACAAAAACUCGCUCACUGUGUACUGCUAUCGUACUACUAUUUACUACGAUGUAUUUCUUCUGAUAUGGAUUAUUCUUUUAUUUUGAUUUCUAUUUUUAUAUUUUUCUGUCUUGACAUUUAUAGUGUAUUCUGUGUGUACUUCUGUAUUCUAUUCUAUCAAUAUUAUCUUUAUUAUUGAACUGGAUGUGCAGUCACGUUAUUGUUGAAAAGAAAAUGUAGCAGGUCUUUGUAUUGUAAUGUGUCUGCUAUCGGAGCCAUCUGGAAAAUGUCUAUCAUUGUUUUUUAGUCCAGAAUAUGAAGAAGACAUACAUGUUGUAUAUUUCUCUGUCUAUCAAGUAUUUAUCAGUCAGUUUCAUAUUAUAUUGUCUCUGUAAUAUAAUUUCACAGUGUGAACAGUAUUCAAAUAUAUUGAUAUCAAGUUUUAUACAAUGUAUUUAUUUGUUUGGUUUCUGCCAAAUCAUAGCCAGCCACACUCUGCAUGCAAGCUUGUACCAUCAUCACAAAUCAGUAGGUAAACCAAUCAAUCAAUGAAUCAAGCAACCACACCAUGUCAUCUGGUACAUCUCAGAUAACAUCAUUAUCUCUGUUUUAAACUGUCUAUCCCAUGUCAUCAUCUCUUAUCUCAUCAUCUCAAGUCAUUUAUACUCCACUUACAUCUAGUAAUCUAUUGAUCUCUAUUCAUCUCUACUAAUCUCCUCAUUAGACUCACUAUGACACUGUGCAACUCAUAAACACAUUUCACUAUUUUAUUGUUAAAAAAAUGUAAAGGAUGGCUGGUUCACUGUUUGAGUCAAGCCCAGCCAUUGUUUAAAUGCUGAUGCUUAUGAAUUUUGUUGAGUCAGUGAUGUUGAAUCUUCUGAUGUAGCAUUAACUCUAACUCUGAUUAGUGUUGUUAUUGAUCGUAAUACUCCUCAUCAGGUCUGAUCAGUAUCAUUGAUAACUAUAUCCAUCAUCACGGCAUAUUGCUUAACAUGAAUGUAAUAAUGGGUUCUAUUGGGAUCGAAGGGAAGGUGAAACCUGUCGUCAGCCGAAUAAACCUUCCAUUCCCAGAGA